GUUUCGGCUUUGUAACUUUCGAGGUUGAGGACGUUGUGGAGAAAGUAUGCGAGAUCCACUUUCAUGAAAUCAAUAAUAAAAUGGUAGAAUGCAAGAAGGCCCAGCCCAAGGAGGUGAUGUUCCCGCCGGGUACGCGAGGCAGGGCCAGGGGCCUGCCCUACACCAUGGACGCCUUUAUGCUGGGGAUGGGCAUGCUGAGUUACCCAAACAUUGUAGCAACGUACGGCCGUGGAUACACUGGUUUUGCCCCGAGCUACAGCUACCAAUUCCCUGGGUUCCCAGAUUAUGGGUUCUAUUCCGGGGCCGGGCCCAGUGACCUGCGGGGGCCCCCCUGCUCCUUUGCCGACUAUGGCUCCCUGGGGCCCCAGGCUGCUCAGAUGCUGCAGCACAGUGAGCAUCAUGCCACCUCCGCCUGCAACUCCCCCCUCCAGCACCACCUUCAGAACAGCCCGGACCCCUUUAAGAGCCCAGGCACCAACCAGGCCCGGCCAGGAGCCUUCCCUGGCACCAACAGUCCCGGGCCCGUGGCUGACCUCUAUGGCACUCCCAGCCAGGACUCCGGCGUGGGCAACUACAUUAGUGCUGCUAGCCCCCAGCCUGGCUCUGGCUUCGGCCACAGCAUUGCUGUAAGUAUGGACUACUCCAGCAACUCGUCCACCUCCUCCAAUACCGCCUUCAUCUUCUCUGUGCUGUCAACCAUCGUCCUUGUUCAUUUUCUCAGCCCAUUUCAACUCAUCGUCAGGAUAUUUCAUCAGUCUGAAGGAUAUGGUUUCUAUACACAAAAGAGAUAGGUAUGCUUAUUAUGCUACAGAGGUCUUGUGUGGUCUUUGGUUUUUUACGCUAAACGUAUAGUAUAUAUCAGACGAAAACUGUAGAUUAAGUAGUGCUUACUGUAUGUGAACGUGAGGGCAUCAUGUAAACAUUUAUGAGAGUACAAUCUCUGCGAAUCAAGAGCAAUCUUAAGGCAAUUUCUGCUGGUCACUCUGUACCACUUGAAUCAAACAUCAAUGCAGGCAUAUUCCGAUUUUAGGCCUAUUUUAGUCAAAAGCUUUACAAUGCUCACGUGCCUGCAGUGCAGUGAGAAUGUUUGCCAUCGAAACAUCAAAUAAGGCACAAGUGCUAGACAGGUGCUCAGGCGCAUGGUUCUGUGUGAUUGUGUGCAUUGCCAACAUUGUUCCGUCCUCAUUCACACAUCUCAUUUCUUCUGUCAGCUGCGGUAACAUUAUAACAAACUGUGAACUUUUACGGCCUGUCAUCACCUCUCUGAUGUGUCAGUGUACUUCUGUUAAUUUGCCAGCCAGAAGGUCAAAAAAUCCCGCAAUUAGUUGUUUCUGCUUAUAUCUGGAACAGUAUUUUGUUUCACCUUCUCAAUGGUGGUGACUCCUGAUUUGAGUAGGCUCAGAACAGGGGAAUUCCAGGUCUAGCCUUUGAAAGGGUCCUUGUUCAAAGUGCAUUAUGUAAAUCAAUAAUAACCCCUUGUGCGUUCAACCACUGUCGUGAGAAUAUUUUCUACAUGUCCUUUGAAGCCACUGACAUUCAUUAUCCCUGUUGGCUGCUUCAGUCUGGAACCUUUGACGAGGGUAUUGAUGGAUUUUAGCCGGCCGAGGAAAAACCACAGAGGCAAAUCUGCUCCAACUAAGAUGGAUGAGUAACUUAAAGCCUUAUACUCUGGCACACCGAUAAUUAAUACAGUUCUCCCUGUUUGAACUCCUGUCUAAAACAUCAAGGUGUGCUGAAAACAGAAUAAGGCUUUUUGUAUGUUUGGCCCAUUGAACACCUUGUCUUCCAGUGCAUUCCUAGCAUGUUAGAGGAAUUGUAAUGGAACCAUGUCGGCACAUAAAGCACCACUCUGGAAACAGAGAGGACUUUCGUUAGAUUAGCUAACUGCUGAACCAUCAUUUGGAAUUUGGAAUUUGGAAUCGGAAUGAAAUGUCAACUUCCUCUUGACUUUGAGAGACAGUUUCAACCUCAAUAAGUGAAAUGUGCACUACCGGUCAAAAGUUUUAGAACACC